AUGGCAGAUACUUUCAGAUGGAACCCCAUCCUCUAUUGGCAGUCAGACGGCUUGCAUGGUGUGGAGCUCUAUCUGAUGCACCUCACGUGGAGGCUGAGGAGAGAGAUCUUGCGGUCUAUUGCAAGGUCCUUCAAGCCUAAAUCCGGUCAUUUUUGCGGACCACGCCUGUUGGCCGAUCAUACAGCAGCACCAGAAACUGUGGUCAGCAUGAAGGCAGAUAUGCUUGAGGACGACAGGGAGGAGGGAGAAGAAAGAUACGAGUGGGCGACAAUCUGGUUGAUCUCGAUCACGAUAGUGGUUUAUGAAAAAGCGACGACUUCCCAGUGCGCUCUCUCCGUCUCAUCGAUGCAUGGGUUAGUUGUUGGAAUCUCGAUGUUAGGUGAGGCGAUAGCAGGCAAUAACAGAGGAGCAAGUGACGAAGAGACGUCGGUAAAAUAUCCACAAGCCCGCAAACUCAAUAUCAAUCGCGGGUAUCUCCGACGGUGCCGACGCUGA